CUUGCAAUAGAAAGAACAAAUUUGUGGAACUAAUCAUUAAACGUAUUAAGUAAAGAAAAUUUUUUUGUCAAAUAUUUAGUCGAAAUAUUUACAGAAAAAGAAUUUUUUCCAUUCAACAUACCAAAAAAAAAAGAAUUUUUUCCGUUUACAAGUAAGAACAUUGAAAUUUGGAAAAACAAAAUUUCCGAGUGCGAACAUUUUGCUAAAGCACAAUAUACAAUCGAACACAAUUCAAUGGCCGCUGAAGAAGAAGAUUUGCCAAAAGAAUUAGAUAAACUACAGAUUACAUCUGUGCCUCAAUUUCAGUUAUCGAAGGAUGCGCCAAUAGGGAUGAACCCGUUUUCGGGUAGUGAAUUAAAAAUCGCUCCGACAGCGUCUGACAUGGUGGAGAUAUCUGUUCUUCGUUACUCGCUUUUGAAUGGAUGUGGAUGUCGCUUGCGACGAUCUUCGGAGAGUGUAUUAGAUGAAUUAAAAGCCACUAAAGGAGUGCAGGUUUCAAAAAAGUCGAUUACAACGCAAGCAGGAUAUCGCCGAACUGUUUUACGUGAACCAGUACUUAAAGCUCUUCAUUUUCAUUCUCAAGGACGGGCGCGUCGACGGUACUUCUCGUCGGGUUCUUCUGGUAAUUCACCUAAUCUAUCCAUUGAACAUCAUAAUUCACAUACUAAUGGUGCUUUAAAAUCUGGUAUAUCGGAUUUCGGCGAACUAAUUACAGAAUGCUGCAAUAUAUCGGGAGAUGACGACGCUGACGGCAAUCAAAAAAGCUUAGAUAAUCGCAUUUCAAAGAAUUUCACUACUAUGCAACCAUCUGUAAAAACAAAUAAGUUGCCACGUAUUAGAUCAUCUGUCCGAAUAUAUACUCGAUCACGUCCUAAGCAUGUCUGUUAUCGGAAUUGGAGCACAACUAAUUCAUUAAGAGAUCAUCUACAGAAUUGUACUAAUCAGCCGUUGCCUAAAAGCACUGCAUCUGAUCCAGAAAUCUCGACAAAUGCUCGUCACGGCAAUUCAUGUUCUCAACAGGCUGCUGGCAAUAGCGCAACUGCUAUCUGCGAUGAUAUAACUAUAAAUGAGUUGGCAAGCUAUUUUGAUACUCUUGUUCAUAUCCCAAAGAAAAUGUCGCCAAUGGCAGAAAUGAUGUAUACUUAAGGUUAUCUCGUUCAAACGUAAAGAGUAUACAUAAAUUCAGCCAAAGGAUAUCCAGAAAAUAAAACAUAGAAUUCACAUUAUUGUACACACAAUUUUCCAGUUCUUAUCCUUUUCUAAAAGCGCUCACAUGUUUACAUACGUCAUUUUCAGGAACUAUUCAAUGUAUAUAU